UAUCACUGAGUUCGUUUUCAUCGCUCUUGACUGGCACUCCUGAUUUAGCUCUCGUUGGUGGUUUGUAUAACAAUUCUUCAUACAGAAUAUAUUUAAAGAGGGCAAAUGUUAAUUUUUGCUGUUUGCAGGGAAGUUUUUUUUUAUAGAUAUGUGUUUGCUAAAACAUUGUAGUGUUUUGCAGUUCAAAAUGAUCUGAGAUGACUCAGAGGGAAAUCAAAAAUCGAAACAAAACAGUCAGAUCUAAACUUUUAUCCUAUAAAAACGUGGCGGGUUGUAAAAUAACUCACUAAAAUCAAUUUGGAAAAAUUUUCGAGCUGCUCUAAGUCCGUAUCAGUUUCUUUUUCGAUUUUGGAAGACGUUUACAGCCCGGCUGAAAUCUCCAUUAUUUCGAUUCAAUGCCCGAUUCAAACUGGAUUUCUUUGGGGAAAAGGUCAUUUGGAAAAUUCCAUAUUUCAAAAGUUUAAACAGAAGUUCAGUCACCGUCCGUUCACCCGGACGAUCAUACUCAACCGACUUAUGAAAUGACUCCUGGCUUCAAACCUUUCGCAGAAUUUAAAAAGAUGACCUAUCAUUUUAGUCCUGGAUCCUGGAUUCUAUUUCGACAAAAGAGAAACAAAGUACUUUCACUUUGAUAAGGGAAACCAUGUUACAUUUCCAAGGGGGGUCUUGUGUUUUUGAAACCCCUUGGGAGUAAUUGAAAGUGAAUGGAGUUUCGAAUUGCUUGUUAAAUCAAAAUAUUUGACUGGAAAAGAGAAGUCAGUAUCAGUUUUGGAAUUGUUGAAUUUAAAGUUGGAGGAUUCUGGUUGUACAUUGUACAACGUUGCGGGGCGCUAGUGGUCAUGAAUAUAGCUUUUCCUGCCAAGAUGAAGGAUUUUUCAAAUCUUCCUUAAACAACAUAAGCCCAGCAGCACAAGCAAUCUUAUGUCAAAAACUUGGACCUUGCAACUUGGCUUGACUGUCUUUUGUAAUGUAGCAUCUUGAAUUUACAUUAGUCCGAAAUGAACACGGUGGUUACCUUAAGAAACGCCUCUUUUGAAUUCAAUUUUGAUUAAUUUUAAGGUUGACCUAAAAAUGUAAGCUUUUAAGAGUCUUAUAUUUAGGUUGUUUUAGUCGCCGAGGUCGGGUGAAAAUUUCUUCGUUCGUCAGAACAUAAUUUACAAAGGCUUGAUCCCUUUUGGUACUUCAUUUAAGAACAUAUCGAACCAGAAUGGCCUGGUUGAAUUUCUGAAUCAAUUCAAGUAGUCCAUAUAGCUCCCCAAUUCACUGAAUCUAUUGCGGCUCAAAGCUCUUAAAAAAAACAGACAGAAAAAAACGAACAGACAGCCUAAGAGAGGCGGCUAUCAGUCCAAUUUAAAUAUUUUACAAUUUAAUAAAAACAUUCAUAAUCCAGUAAUGCUUCUAGUCAAAAUUGGAAAUCACUCAAAAAUCCGUGUUUUCGCAGAUCAGUAUUAUCGCGCCAACGGGAAAAAGCCCUUCCAAAUGAACAAAAAGGAAUAAAAUUAAACCUUAUCCUGGCCAAGAUAUAAACGGCUGCGUAAAUAAGGCUUGGUUUCUCGAAACCUUGCUCCUUCAUCUCAAGAUGUUGGUCUUUGCUUAUAUUCGGACUGGCAAGUAGCCGUCUGCAGGAGUUCUGACUAGGAGGCUGAAGGGCUGAGAAGGAAUAAUGGAGUAAGGAUAAAAAAAUUGAGCAGAAAAGAAAAAAAUGAAAAAUUCCCUUUGUGGAGGAUUAAUGGAAUAAAGAAAGGUUAUAUUUAUUCUUUCAGCCCCGAAGCCCACCCGCCUCUAGACGCUGGCUGAUUAUGGAGGGAAGGCCGUCCAGCAAAAAUUUUGGGAGGUAUAUGAGUGGCUGAAUGCGUUACAAUUUUCUUUUUAUUUUUGUUUGUUAUUUCUAGAAAAAAAAUGGCUGCAAAAUUGCUGAUCGCUUGUUUUCUCUUGGCAAUGGUUUCACUCGCAGCAUGCAAACCUCGCGGAAUGAUGAAUCCUUUUGCGAAGCUGUUCCAAAGAGGUAAGGUAGCGAAAUUAAGUAGUCAAUAUAAAUAAUUAAGAAUUAUUCCACAAGUUCACGUUGGAUAUACGCUAUAAUCAUCUAAUAUCCAACAAGCGCGACAGGAAUAAUUGUUUUUUAUUAAAACGCCCACAAAAUAUCGAGAAUUCUUCCCGACUUUAUUUGUAAAAGCAACCGAUUUUCAGCUUGUUUUUAAUUUUGAGCAGAAGCGUGCAGUUACCAUAUUUGGAGAGCACGGUAUAAUGGCCCAUAUACUAUUAUGGCUAAGCCAAUUAGAGCUCUAGAAUUGCAUCAUCCAGUGAUUCAGAUAUACGAUUUGGGCUAAAAGGAUUAUCGCAUUGCAGACUGACAAUAUGAUACCGUACAGCUGCUGAGGUUUGUUGGGAUUCAUGCAUUGGCAGGCUCGCUCCCCACUUCCUCCCCAAAUUGUCUUCUUCGCAGUCCAUUUUAGGAUGCCAUGCAUCACUCCCCGAAAAGUAACGUUGGGUAACAUUGCAAAAAAUGGCCACGGAGGAGGCUACUUUUCCCCAGCCUCCUUUUAUAUGUUCGUUUCUGGACUGGAUACUACCGUAAAAGCAACUGACAACCAGGGCCUGGUUGAUCAAAGCUAUGUUUAGUAAAUUCAGUUUUGUCAAAAAGUUGAUGAUUGGAUGCUCUUAAAUAUAACGAGAAAAUUAUCGAAUUAAAGACUAAAGAAACCCGGAAUAAAUUUAACCCUGGGUUAAGCAUGAUCGGCCUUCGAACAACUGGGCCCAGCAAUAUACAGUAAAACUUAAAUUUAAAUUACGACCUCCCCCCUCCACCCCCCAUUUUUCUUCAAAAGUAAGUGUUUACGAAACUACGACUGCGACGGCAACAGGAACGUCGAAAAAGCAAGAUGGUUAAGGAGUAAAACAAAACCUUAAUUAUGUUAUCAUUGUAUUAUGUCUUAGGAUACGAAAGGGUUCGAGGUCCGGAUUCCACCCUGAUAUGCGAUUAUCUUUCUCAGCUCAAUGGAAACACUCUCAAUAUCAGGUCAAAUGAAUUUUCUAAGUGUCUUAAAAAUGGCAGCGACCGUUUAUCAAAGGAACAACUAACAGCGUCGCCGUCGCUUCAGCUCCCUUAUUGCUACCCUGGUAACUUGACGCCACACUUCUCCUCUCUAUUGACCACUCCAGGAAAUACCAUAACAUACCAUAAUGCUCUUUGUUUGUCACCCCAAAAUUUUGCAUAAGCAUUGUUUUCAGUUUCUCUUGGGGCCAUUUUAACUCUCAAGACAAACUGAAGAAAAUGCUUAUGCAAAAUUUUGUGGUGAAAAACAAAGAGCAUUAUGGUAUGUUAUGGUAUUUUUUGAGCUGUUAAUUGUAACAAUCCCUUUUUUUGGUGCAAUUUUAAACAGGUUUGAUGUAUGGAUACGAAAAGCGUGCUGCUGCGGCCUGUUCAGACACGUGUUCCAGUUAUGCCAACUGUCAGGGUGAGAUAGCUGGAGUCGGGGCAUACUUCCAAGUUGAGGGAUCAUGUCCUGCAGGCUUGGUCUGCUGCUACUUUUAUGAAUACGAAUAACAGCUUCGAAAUGGUAGAGCGAGUUUAAGGUAUGAGAAGAAAUUCAAACUCACACGUGGCGACUUAUAACUUUCUUGGGUAAAAUUUUUAGGGUAGUAUUCUGCGGGUUCUCUUCUAUUUAAACUGUGUAGGGCGUGGUUAUGGAACAACUGAACAUUAACUGCAAAGGACCACAAACGAUUAUGCCCUAGAACGUAGGCCCUCCCGGAUUCUCGUAAUAUGGCGUGAUUCGGUAGGUGUGACCGAGUCCAAUGUUAGGGCUUUUUUUAAUUGUGCGGGUAUCAGUCCCAGCAGAGCUUUUCUGUAUGUUUGUUACGCCGUUCUGAUGAGCCACAAAAAUGACAAAACAGCUGUCAACGGCUACGCCCUCACUUUCGAAAGCUUUUAUCGGUGUCGAGUUUAUUUCUCGCAAAGUUAAUUUUCGCGUUGUACGAUCAGCUUUGCACUGGUUUAAGGUCAUGUGGUUUAGGACCCAUCUGGCUCUAAAAUUGCUUCGCCAGUUUGGCUCGAGUAAGACCACAACCAACAACUGCUCUCUUAUUAUAACGGACACCUCCUUGUAAAGACGAACACUUCACUAAGACCCCGUUACUAACAAAAGUUCUCUCGGGAUGGCCCUCGGGAUAGAGGGUCACCCUCCUACCCGAGUCAACUUUAGCAAGCGUUCUUCUUGCCCGAGCCUUGCUCUGAUUGUUUAUAGCACCCCUCCUGGAACUGUCACGAAAAUUCUGAAUGAUUUGAAAUGGCCAACACUCGAGAAAAGAAGGAUUGAAAGUGACACUAAUCACAAUGAUGUUUAAAGUUACCGUAGUUUCUGGUCGAUCAGCUACACAGUUUUUAUCCUAAUGUAUGUUAUUUAAAAGACGACAGGGCACUAGACAAUUCCAUCCUAAGAAAUUCAUUCAAGUUUGUGCUAGAACAAAGAAAUCAGUACCAACAUGGUUUUAUUGCAUGUAAAAUCAGAGACUGGAACUCUUUGCCAAAUAGCCUCAUUGAAAAGCAGUCAGUGGAGGCUUUCAAAAUGGCCGUCAUGUGCCAUCUUUAGAAACGCUGACCCAGGAACUUUUCUUUUUUUUUUUUUAACGUAAGCACAUGCACAUUUGCACACCUGCCGUGAUCGGAUCAUACCCUUUGCCAGCUAUAUAUAGACAUAGUAGAGAUUCUAUUUUCGCGGGAAAAAGUGCCUUAAAAUGUGUCUAAAAAUAAACUGGUCUGUAAAAACGCCGUGACAUAGGCCCAGUACGGGAGAUGCUCGCUCCAGGUUAUGGGCUCCCGCCUUUCCAGAUUAAGCGAUUAGAGUUAGAGUUUAGGAUAGGACUGGGCAAGCCGGCCAAAGUGUUUAUAUGGUGAAAAGUUGGCCCGGCUAGGAGGGUAAACGUACCAAUUAAAAAGGGUGACCUAGCUAGGUGGGUCAUCCUUCUUGCCGAGCCAACAUUUUGUUUCUGAUGUAAACGGUUGGUCAAGUUUUGUAACGAAAUGUAGGAAAAGUUGGCAUGCCCAUUGUAGCUCGGGUAGACGAGUAAUCCUUCUACCAAGGACAAUUUUUCUUCAAUAUAAACUGAACCUAAGACGGACAAUUCGCCCCAUGUAAUAGAAUCCGGGAAAUUUUUGCUUGUGGAAUCGGGAAUCCUGGGUUUUGGAAUCUGAAAAUACAGCUCAAGGAAUACGGAAUCCCAGAAACGAUUGGAAUCCAGAAUCCAAGUUCCAACUGACAAAUACUGAAAUCCAGUACCUAAAAUUCGGAACCCAAAGCGUGGAAUCCAGGAUCCAAGACUGUCCUGGAUCUCCUAUACAUGGAGCGAGACAAAGGACACUAUUGAAACAGACCACGGACACUUGGGAAGUACAUGAUGUAUUGAAAAGGGGAAACGGAAAUUAAAUGCUCUACAUUCCAGUAAAUUGCAAUUGUAUUAUCAUUAUUUCGUCGUCUUGUUUCAGUUCGCUGAGUGUAUACUGUAACGCGUUUAGGCCACUAAGCUUGAACGUUUGCUUGUAUUGACCGUUUGCACACUGAGAAAUUGAUUCUACAUUCUAUUACAUUGUUCCACUUUUAACUAUGGUAUCGAUUAUCUCUGAUCUCACCAACAAUAAUUGUCGAAGUGCUUGGGAGGGAGACCAUAUUAUGUUCCUAUUAUGGAACCAUUGUCUGGAAUUGAGUAUAAUUAGCAAUUAUUGGAAAAGAGUGAGUAUGAUAUGAAGAAUUAAGCAGAUUGAGGAGGUGGGAAAAUGGGAUCUGUACCAGCUCUUUAACCCUUGUUUUUCUUUCAGAUAAAGUUGGAUGGAAACUCCACUUUUGCAGAGGAAAAAACCGCAACUAGAAUCAAGCAGAUGUCUAUAAUACAAUUAUACAUUUCUGUAUAUUAUUAACACCAAAUAAAUUAAC